ACAUUUGAGUGCAAACAUGUUUUUUUUAUUUAUUAUUUAAUAAUUGCUGACUGUAUGACUAUAGAUAUUGAUUUUGAUUAUGGUCUAUAUAAAAAAAUUCGAAUGCACGGGUCUAUAGAAAGGAAGAAAAAAAGAUAAAGAAGAAAGAAGAGCAAUGAAAACAUGGAGAGAGAUAAGUUAGGUAAAGACGAUGCUCCAGCUGCCAAGAAUCAGCGUAGCAGUGAGUCUAACGGUCGUGCAAACCAAGGUACAUCUGGCACAAGAAAUCACAGCAACUCAAAUGGAGCGAACACUGUUUCUGCAAUGAUUGCUAACAGCUCCUCGCAAGCAAAUUUGAAUGUGUGUUCUAAUCAAAUAACUGGAGAUCGAGAACGGGAAAGUGAACGAGCUGAAUCAAGUUUGUCUUUGUCUUCUUUAACUUUAAAUGAUUAUUCAGGGUCGAAUAGUUCAUUAUCAUCUCAGAUAAUCCCCGUGACAAGUGCCCCAUCAGCGGCUACGAGCCUAACCAAUCAAGCCAAUGCUCCAUACAAUUGGCAGGCCUCGAAAACAACUGUGAAGGAAAGACUUGCUUAUUUGAUAAACACUGAAAUCAUGAGCGAUAUACAGUUUCGAGUUGGCAAACCACCCAACGAUCAAAUUAUACCCGCUCAUAAAUUUGUGCUUUCGGUCGGGUCGGCAGUGUUUGAUGCCCAGUUUAACGGGCAAAUGGCAACUAAAGACGAUAUUGUAGAAAUACCAGAUGUUGAGCCUGCUGCUUUUUUGGCGUUACUUAAAUUUCUAUAUGCUGACGAGGUUAAUAUAGGACCGGAGACUGUGAUGACCACGUUGUAUACAGCGAAGAAAUACGCUGUGCCUGCGCUGGAAAAGGCUUGUGUUGACUUUCUUAAGAGAAAUUUAAAUAGUGAUAAUGCUUUCAUGCUGCUUACACAGGCACGGUUAUUUGAUGAGCCGCAGCUUGCCGCACUGUGUUUAGAGACAAUAGAUAAAAGCACAUCUGAGGCAUUGAAUGCUGAGGGCUUCACAGACAUUGAUCAUGAUACUCUUUGUGUUGUUCUCGAAAGAGACACUCUUGGUAUAAGAGAGAGUAAACUCUGUACUGCUGUAUUUCGAUGGUCGGAGGCGGAAUGUAAUAGAAGAAAUAUACAGCCGACACCAGAAAAUCAACGUCAGACCCUCGGAAGGGCAUUACGAUUGAUCCGGUUCCCGCUAAUGAGUAUUGAAGAGUUUGCCGUGGGCCCGGCUCAAAGUGGGAUUUUGGAAGAUAGAGAAGUUGUCCAGCUUUUCCUAUACUUCACUGUCAAUCCUAAACCAGCCAUAAAUUUUCAGGAUGUUCCGCGAUGUUGUUUGACGGGAAAGGAGCAGGUUGUAUCCCGGUUUUGCCAGAUAGAAAGUCGGUGGGGCUACAGUGGUACCAGUGAUAGAAUCAGGUUUAUGGUGAACAGGAGAAUAUUUGUGGUAGGAUUUGGACUGUAUGGUAGUAUACAUGGGCCUACAGAAUACCAAGUUAAUAUACAGAUUUUACAAUCGGACAAUGGUAAAGUUAUAGGAGUGAACGAUACAAGCUUCCAGUGUGACGGAUCUAACUCAACAUUUCGUGUAAUGUUUAAGGAGCCAGUAGAAAUAUUACCCAAUGUGAGCUACACUGCAUGCUCCACACUCAAGGGACCUGAUUCAUAUUACGGAUCUAAGGGUUUACGGAAGGUUACGCACGAGUCAGUUUCGGGCGGAAAGGUCACUUUUCAGUUCCAUUACGCUGCAGGAAAUAACAACGGGACCUCAGUUGAAGAUGGACAAGUUCCAGAAAUUAUAUUUUACACAUAAAGUUUUUUGGGGUGACCUUUCUUUUAUAAACCUGUGAAACAACAUAUUAUCAUUUUUUUUCAUGAGAUAAAAAAUUUUGAUGCUGGAAAAUCUUCAUUAUUGAUUUUGUAUACUUACGGAAAAUGCAUAUACAUGUAUGUAUAUGUGUAGUAGGUAUCAAUUUUUCUUUACUUUGUAUAUUUAAUAUAAACUUACACAAAGCGAUGCUGAUUUUUUUUUAAAGAUUUAUACGCUGAAUAAUAAUAUUUACUUGAUAAUUUAAUGAUAACUUAGAUAUGACAGGGAAAAUAUGAUUAUGUCAUGAUACCAAUGAAUUUCUGGCACAAUCCUGACGAAGAAAAUGAUUCAGUUUUGUUGAAUUUUCGAAGUGAUAAACUAUAUGUGCUGUUAAAUUAACAGUGUUUAUAAUAUUAAAUCAACGUACAUGUAUUUGUCUUUAAAACGAUCAUAUUUUUUGUUGUCUGAUUCAUCCGCCAGUUUGACUGCAGGUUUCUAUAUUUAUACGCCUCUGUUCAUUUUUCAAGUUAUUUGUUUUUGUUCAUAUAUGGUCGCCUUGGUGCAGUAUUGAGUUAAGUCUUUCUCAAUUUAAUAGGAUAUAACCAGUUAUUGCUUUAAGGUGACAAUAUGUUUAAUUAAAGCUUAUAUGUAUGAUAAUGUUAAGCCCCUGGUUAACUGAUUUUUUUUUCACGUAAUUGACCUUGACCUACUUUGUUACCUGAAACUUCAGGGGCAAUUAGAAUUUUAAACAAGCAACUGUAUGGAAUUUUGUCAGAAUUACACAUUGCAAAAGAGCCAGUCAUUGUAAACACCUAGAGCAUUGUUGGCACAGGCCAUGAAAUAUUUCAUAUCUGUCUUGAAAACCUCUUCGAAAAUGAUUUUUUGCACAUCAAAAACCCUUGAAAAUGACAUUUUGCCACAAAAAAACCUUUAAUUCCUUUAGUUUAAAAAUUAACAUAAUAAUCUUGAAAAAAAACAACUCUCGAAUUUGAAAUUUCAUCAUUGUAUAAACAGUUUUAUAAAACUGUAAAACCAGAAGAUAUCAGCGAUAGUGGUUCAUGCCAAAGUUUACUCAGUCAUUUUAAGGCUUAAGAAACCUUUGAAAAAUUCUUUAAAAUUGCCAACUUGAAACAAUUUAAGGUAGAUUUAAACACCAAAAAAUUAACCCUGAAUAAUCUCAUUAAAUUUUAAUUUAAUUUUCAUGCUAAAUAGCAAUAUUGGUAACUAAACUUUUAAGAAUUUAGUUAAAUGUUCAUUCUUAUGGCAUUAUAUUGAAAUAAGUAUUUUUUUUUCAAAAUCACUAUUCAUAUGUCAUACUGUCAAACAUUACAUGCUGUUAAUUUUGUGGGGUUUUUUUUCCCCCUAAACAUGCUAAAUAUUUUAAAUGGACUUGACUUUCUUUCAAUCCGGUCAAAACCAUAAAUCAUUUUGAGGGAAAUUGUCAAAAUUGCAUGGGUACAAGUUUUCAGCCAUUUGCCUGAAGUUCAGGAUUUUUCUAGUCCUGAAAGCUCAGUUCUUGAAUUCUAUAUAAAAACUAAUUGAAAUGAUACUAAAUUAAGAGUUCUCUGGUUUUCUGAUAUUUUUAACUUACUAAAUUAAGAGUUCUCUGGUUUUCUGAUAUUUUUAACUUGCACCCAUGAAAUUGGACUACUGACUGAAUAGCAAAAAUUGCGGACCAUGAUCAGACAGCAGGAUCUUGUUGGCUGAUCUUGGUCUGCACUGUUCUCAUGGCUCAAUUUCAUUUACCACUAGCUAGCUAAAGGGUAAUAAGAUGCUCUAAUCCGGUGCCUGCUCAUGUCCGAAAUAAUGCAACAAGAGGCACCAGAAGUAUUCUUCCACCAGUAAAGCUUGAAAGACGCCAUUUUGUAAUUUGACCUUUACUGUGUCAGCAUAACUUUACGUCCAACUAAAAAAAGAUUAAGAUAACAAUUUCAUGGUUUACUAGCCACUGUUUCAAGAAGAGAAUCUCAUGUCAUUUUUCUGUAUCAGGGUUAACAUUUUAACAUGAUCUUAAAUCACCCUGUGUAUUGUCAUUUCCCCAUGCAUUAAAAGUCCGUUACACAAGUACAUUAUGAAAUUUUGUAUAUUCAGAUUUUUUUUUAAUUUUUGCAUUUUAAGUAAUGGUAUAUCAUAUCAUGACUUUGGUGUAAAUUGUUAUUAUUCAGACUAUUAAUUAGCACGGCUUUUGGAAGAAAAUGGAGAGCUAUUGUACUCUUCCUGGAGUCAAUGCCAGCAUAGGCAUCCACACUUAGGUUAAUUUUUUGUGUUCAAGAAUUGGUAUCACCAAAACUACUGAAGGAAAUUGGUUGUAACUUCACAUACUUGUUCUCUGUGAUUAUUGAGCUCUGAGAAUACUCGAGUUUGCUGUGUAACGGACAGCUCUUGUGUUUUUAUUUUGCAAUGACACUAUGUAUUAUUCUUAAAUGACGUGUUCAUAUUGUUCAGGUUCGUCGUCCCCCCUUUUUAAUUUGUACUGACAAUCACUUUGCAGGAAGGUGAUCUGUGAUAAACAUUAUGUCUGUCUGUGCUUUAAUAAUGUCUGACUGCUUGAUUUAUGUCUGAUUGUACUUUUGUUAUGUCUAAUUAUGUCUGUGUGAUAUCUUCAUCUGACUGAAAUUUAUGUCUGAUUUUUUUGGAUUUAUGUCUGACUGUUGGAUUUAUGUCUGGCUUUUGGAUUUAUGUUGGAUUUAUGUCUGACUGUUGGAUUUAUGUCUGGUCUUUGGAUUUAUGUCUGACUGUUAGAUUUAUGACUGACUUUUAGAUUUAUGUCUGACUGUUGGAUAUAUGUCUGACUUUUCGAUUUAUGUUUGGCUGAGAUUUAUGUCUGACUGUGAUAAAAUUAUGUCGAGUAGAACUUUUGUCUGAUUCUAAUUAUAUUGAAUUCAUGUCUGUUAAAUUUAUGUCUGUAUUUAAUAGAUUUUAUGUCUAUGUUAAUUUUCUCAUCUGUUGAAAUCAUUAUUUGUGAUUGUUUGGUUUAUGUCUAAUUGUGUGCAUUUAUGUCUGAUUGCUAAAUUUAUGUUUUAUUUACAAUUUUCAUACUGAUUGUCUAUAAGUAUCAUGCACUCUUAUUUAGAAACUCAACCCAUGCGAAUAGCGAUCAUUAGAUUACUAGUCUGACGCAUUAACCUCUCGGCCAUUCCUUGAUUUUCAAUUUAAUUCUGUUAUAUUUCAUGCUAAUCUUUUGCUUAUUUUUUGUUUGUUUUGAGUGACCAAGUUGGUCUAUGUUAAUUUUUUUUAAUUUUAUGGGUGUUGAACCUCAAUGGAGCUUAUUUAACUUCAACUUCAUGUUACAUUAAAUUCUAAAUGUAAAGGUUUUCAAUGUUUGUUUUAAAUGCCUAACUGAAUAUGUUUAUAGUUUCAUUGUUUGAUACGCCUAACUGUGUCUGUAGUUUUCAAAAUGACAACCUGUAUGUAUUUAGUGGUGGUGUUUUCAUUGGCCUAACUUUGCAUAUAUUUAAUAUGCCUAAAUUUGUUUGUAUUUAUUAUUGAUAUUUUCAUAUGCCGAACUGUUAAGCCGAUUUAGCGACUGUUGUCAAUUGCCUAACUUUAUACUAUUUGUCAGUGUUGAGAUUUGAAAAAAAACACCUAACUAUUGUUUUAUUUAAUGUCAGUGUUUUCAGAUGCUUAACUGUGCAGUGUCCUGUGUUUGUCUGUACAAAUGUCUUGUAAUGGCUUGACAAUAGAUAUUAUCCGGAACUGGACAAAAAAAAGGUUUUUACAAGCUAAUCCUCUGGUACAAAAAAACUUUUACCAUUAUUAUUUAUAGCUUCACGGUGCACUGCCGGUCAAAAUAAAUAAGUCAAUCGGAUGCGCUUAUUUUCGAAGCUGUAGCUGUAAAAUCUUGUUCGUACCCACGGAUAAGCACGGAAGACCCAAAAUAUUCUUAAUUCCGGAGUUAGUCUGUUGUCAAUUUAUGUUGUCUGUAAGACUAGGAAGGGACCGGUGCAAGUUUUUGCAUGGAAAACAGUUAGUAUGAGGUAUAUACAAAAUGUAGAUUUGGAAAUAUAUAAAGUUGUUAGUUUUUGAAAAUGUAAACACUCAGUGUUAGGUAAAAAAAACAGUUGUUAGAAUAUAUGUAAAAUAGUAAGGUCGUAAUACGUAAGUAGAAGAAUAUUUGAAUACUUGCAAAUGUUUAAUUGGGCAAUUUCUUAAUUCUGAUUGACUUCUUUUUACUUUAAGUCUAAUUCUUUUGUAAAGAAUUUUAUUUGGCAUGGAAGAAGUGAUGUUUCAGUUUAAUGGAACAGUUAGUUACAUGUAGUUGGAAAUGAUAAAAACUUUUAGCUGUAUAUAUUUGAAUAGUCAGUCUGCGAGUUUAGUGGUAGCUCGCCAAUGGCUAUUAGAAUCUAGAUUGGGCCAGUAUAAUUUUUCAAGGCACAAGACCCAUUAGCCUUUGAAAAAUUACCAGAAGAAAACCAUAUUUUCUGAAAAUAAAUUGAUCGAAUUUUAGAUGUAGAAACUUAUCUAUUUUUAAUUGGGAGAAUAAAAUUACAAAAUAACUGUAUUUAUGUUUAUUCUUGACUACUUUCCACUUCAAAAGUUCAACAUUUCAAUGCCAUAUGACCUAAACUGUGUGCCAUAUAACAUUUUCAUGGCAUGAAAAAAAACAUAUUUGGGCUUGAAAAUAUUGCCAACCACUACCCUCAAAGGCUUGUGGUUUCCAGACCCUGGUCAUUAUGACAAUUGGUAAAUGAAAAGAAACAAAGAAUUUUUAACAACAUAUGUUCUUUAUUUUUGAGUUGGAAAUCCAAAAUAUAAAAAGAAUGGAUUUGAUUUGUGUAAAUUUUUAUCAUGAAAACUGAAAUAACUUAACUGUUUGGCAAUAAUAUAAGUUUAUUGAAAAAAAAAUUUAAACAGUUAAUUGGUUAGAUAUUACAAAAAUAAACAUUUGAAUGAGUUUUACAAUGGAUACAGGCUGUUUCAAUGGUUUAAAAAAGUAUACUUUCAAACUUGUAUAGACUAGGCCAGUCAUUAUUUUUGAAAACAGGUGGUCAUUGUGGACAGGUUGUCUCAGAAGUUGUGUUUGAAUAGGUGUACAGAUGUUAAAGUAAGAAUAUGGCAUUUAAUUGCAGGGUUUAGAACUUUUAUUAUUCGAGAGUGGUCUUUAAGAACAGGUGUAUUGGUACAUGUUUAGCAUAGCUGUAGAUAAAAUAGUUUUAGAAUGCAAAAUUUACUAUAUGUUUUUUAAACAAGAUUUAAAAGGUGCUUUAGUAAAACAGUUGAGUGCAAAUAUAAAAUUAUGUCCUAAAAAAUUUAUAUUCAAAAAUCAUAUUUACUUGCCAUUAUUAAAAUUUUCUCUGUAACUGCCAAAAACCCAUGUACAUGUAUACUUUUUUUUCAUAGAUAAUAUUUUGUUUGCAUUUUAAACUGAAACUGAUGUUUAAUUAUAUACUUAUAAAUUAAUAGAAUAUUGACAAAUAUUGAUACAAUAAAAUGAGUAUUUUCAUUUUCUGUAUUUUCACUGUAAAAAUUUAUUUUUCACUGCAGUGAUAUUUUCAGUAUUUUCACUGUAAUUUUUUUUUCACUGCAAUGAAACAUAUUUUCAGUAUUUUCACUUUUAAAAAUUUAUUUAUCACUGCAUUGAAACAUAUUUUGCAUAUUUUCACUGGUGUCUUGCUGGACUUCUUCCUGUAUGGUUCAGCCAAUACACAAAAUUGAAGGGGUAGUCUUUCAAAUUUGUAAGAUUAGAAAAGAAAAAAAAUAUAUGACAAACAGAAAAUUCAAGGUUUUUCUUCAAAUACGGGAUUUAUUUUCAUCUUAUGGUAUUAAAAUUAUCAUAUUUGAUGAUUUUUCUUACCACUUGAUGAAAAUGAAUCCUGUAUUAAUUAGAAAAAAACUUGAAUAUCCUCAAUUCAUUCAGAGUAUUAUGAUAAUAAAUGACUGUAUACAUGUAUAUUUUAAUGAAAUCAGUGCAAUGUGCAUUACAAUGUACAUGUAUUUCAUUUCACAAACAAAUACUAAUUUCAUCUAUAAGUUAACAAGACAAUGUUUCCCAUGCUAUGCUAUAUGAGUGACUGAUGUAAUGUUGACCUUUGGAAUAAAAUCAUAUAACUAAAGAUACA